AUGGGUGAUGAUAUGAGUGUAUGCCGUUUCGAUCCUCGUGAUCAUCAGACUGUUGAUGGUUCCAAUUUAAUAUCUGAAUUAUCUAUUAUCCGUGCACAAAGAAUGUCAAAUGAAGAAUUUAAAACUGAAAAGGAGAUUCUUGAAUCAGAGAAGAAUGGUUUAGUUCAUGAAAAUAAUAGUUUGAAGAGAAAAUAUCAUUUAUUAGAAUUUGAAAGAAGCUGUGAUCAAUCAAAGAUGAAUAAUCUUCGUCAGACUCUUGAUGAACGUAUUAAUUCUGUUCUUCAGUCGUCUAACAAUCUUGGAUCAUCAUUGACAUUGGAGACGGAAAGGUUAAGAGAUGAAGUUUUAAACUAUGAAAAACAAUUAACUGAUUUACAAAGUGCUCAUUCUCAACUUCAAAUGAAAGUGAAAGAAUUACAAAGUUUAUUAGAAUUACGUUCACAACGUUUAAAAGAGCUAGAAAAGUAUGUAGAAGAAAAGUCGAUAGAAUUGAAAGAGUUAACAGAAAUGAAGUCAACUAUUUUUAAGUUGACUUCAGAGAAAGCAAUUUUAGAAGAACGUGUUCUCCUUGAAUCGAAUCGUACCAAAAUGCCAGAAGGUUAUGAUCGAUUUAUAAGAGGUGCUAGUUAUGUAGCUAAAUUAGAACUGGAACAUGAUCGUUUAAAAACUGCAUUUAAAACACUUAGCCAAGAACGUGCAAAAUGGUUGAUAACUGAAGAAGAAAAUUCAGAAUUACGCAAUCAAAUAGAUAUUAUGAAGAAAUGGCGUGAAAGAGCAUUGAUCUCAGAGAAUGCUUUACUUGAAAAAGAAACUUUAAUGAAUAGUUUAUUGUCUAAAGUUGAUUCACCUAUAACAUCAGAUGAUAAUCAUUCAUUUGUUACACUACGAAGAUUAGAACGUGAAAAUGAAAUUUUACUUGCAGAACAAGGCGAAAUUUAUGCAAAAAAUAAAGAAUUAAUGACAAUUCUAGAUGAAAAACAGGCUAGUGAAAUGAAAUUACAAAGUCGACUACAAACGUUUACAUCUCAGUUGGAUAGAUUGAAAAAAUUACGCAAAAAAGGCAAUCAAAUUGUCCAACUUGUAGGCAAGGAACACAGUUUGUGUCAAAAUCUGUUGGAAAGUUAUAUACUUCAUGAAAGUGAUACGUUUAAUAUUCCAUCUGAAUACUUGAAAUCAAUGUCUAAUUUGAAACAAUUGUUUGGAGAAUUCAGUGAAAAUUACAAUGAUUGUGCAAAUUCUUUGAAUAAUUUAUUUAAAUUAACAGAAAAUAUGAAUAAUGAAGAAACUAAUGUAAAAUAA